CUGAAGAGUUGAUUAUUACUUUGCUCCUCCAACGCCAAUAGUGAAUCAGUCCAGCUCCAACUAAAUUACAGAAUCGCAGAACCUUAACUUGGAAACCUUUUCAAGACAAACUGAGAUGUCGAACCAGAUUGCAGCUGAUGGCCAAACUGAGAUCACCCACAUGGAUGCUGAUUUGUACGAGGCUUUGUAUAAAGGUGAUAUCAGUAUCCUCGAGAGAAAGUACUCAGAAGCUCAUCUUCAACUCCAACAAACCCCAAAAAGGAACACUGGCCUCCACAUUGCAGCCCAGUUCAGUCAGCUGGCAUGCGUAGAGUGGAUCCUUCACUUUCAUUCAUGUUCACCUCUACUGCAGCAGCCCAAUCUGAAAGGCGACACUCCACUUCACCUUGCUGCGAGAGAAGGCCAUGGGGUGGUUGUGAAAGCUCUCCUUAACGCCACAAAAGCACUUCACCAAGAGAUCGAAAGUGGGGUUGGAACAGACAAGGCGAUGUUGAGGAUGACCAAUAAGGAGAAAGACACAGCCUUGCAUGAGGCGGUGCGGUAUCAUCAUUCAGAGAUUGUGGUGUCAUUGAUUGAGGAAGACCCUGAGUUUAUCUACGGUGCAAAUAUUACAGGCUACACUCCUCUUUACAUGGCUGCCGAGAGAGGAUAUGGAGACUUGGUGUGUAUAAUUAUAGACAAAACUCGCGCUUCACCAUCUCACAGUGGCAUAAUGGGUAGAACGGCUUUGCAUGCUGCUGUAAUUCGUGAGGACCAAGACAUGAUAGCGAAGUUAUUGGAAUGGAAGCCAGAUCUAACAAAAGAAGUUGAUGAAAAUGGGUGGUCUCCCCUUCACUGUGCUGCAUACUUGGGUUAUACUAAAAUUGCGGAGCAAUUACUAGACAAAUCAUCAGAUAAGUCUGUAACUUACCUUGCAAUCAAAGAUACCAAGAAAACAGCACUUCACUUUGCAGCUAACCGCCACCAUAGAGAGACAGUAAAGCUUCUGCUCUCUCAUAAAUAA